UUCACUCAUCCAAAAAAUGAAAUCAAUUCAAAUUGAUUUUCUUGCCAGAAAUUUAUGUUGAUUUUAUUAACUUGGACAUUACGCCCGACAGAAAGAACAAAAUAUUUUAAUGUACAAUUUCUUUCGUUAUAGUUUACCUAUUUAAUUGUUUUAUUAAGGAAUAUUUCCUUGCUUUAUUCGAGACAGACGAGUCGUCAACUGCUGUAAAUAGAGCGAGCAUGUGACAUAGUGAUUGGCUGAAAAACAAAUGACGUCAUUUCUUGGAAAGUUGAGGGGACUCCCCGCGCAUCAUGUGAAUUCUAAAAAUAUAAAACGCUUAUUCCCCAGAACUUUGUAGCAUUAGAGCUCAAACACUGAAGCGAACGGAUCGAAACGCCCUCGGACUUUGAAACGAAGAUUAUAAUACUCUUCUAGGAGUUACUCACGCAGGCUACUGUUUAAGAAAUAUUUCGCAAUGCCCGCGGAGAGACUUCGUCUUCGAGCGUGGAUCGAGAAAGAAGCAGACGGCGGCAGGCUACCGGGUCUUGAGUGGGAGGACCGUGACAAAGGCAUCUUUAAAGUCUCCUGGAAGCAUGCUUCGAGACAGUGCUGGUCGUUUCCUAAGGACGCCUGUGUUUUCGAAGGCUGGGCAAUCCACAGUGGACGGUACAGGAAAGGUUACGACCGCCCCGAUCCGCGAAGAUGGAAAGCGAAUUUUCGAUGCGCUCUCAACGCCCUUCCGGAUAUCACUGAACUUCCAAACCAGGGCAUUGCCCGGGGCCAAGAUGCUUGUAAAGUCUAUCAGAUAGUCAGGAAAUCGGUGAAGAAAGACGGCCACAAUAACCGGCAUGCUACCUUACUUGUUAUUGUAGAGUCUUCAGUAAAGCGAAGCACAGAAUCUCCAGGUAUCAGACCAAAGCAUCCUAAACUCACCAAGCAGCAUCUAGAAGUUAAAGAUGGCACACCAGGAAAUCACGACCUUGAAGGACUGGCAGGGAAAGUCGUCGCGGAAUGGAAGGAGCUUGGGCGACGGUUAUUAGAAAAUAGUGAAGCAGAGCUGUAUGCUAUUGAUCAUCAGAAUGAGAAGCUGUCUGAAAAGACUUACAAAAUGUUGUUGAAAUGGAAAGCAGCUAAAGGCUCAGAUGCAACUUUCCAUGUCUUACAUGACGCCUUGUGCCAUGGCUUAGUGAAUCGUCGAGAUUUAGCAGAAGAAUACUGUUUGGUCAAAAAUGACUAAUUCCCAAAUGCGUCACGUACAGAGGUUUCUUUUUUAUUCAGUUUCCUUAUAUUGAAAUUGCCCUAUUCACUAAAGUUACUAAGAGCUGGCUGAUCUGAUCAUGAGCUGAGAGAAUUCAGAAAAAGAAAGUUCAAUCGAUGGUCUGUUGAUACAUACAUUAUACCUGACCGGGCCAGACACUAACGGUAGCCAACUAACCUGCAAGAGACCAGUAACAAUUCAAAUUCGACUCGUAGCUAGGCCUUACAUUUCUAUGAUCAAUAUAUAUCAGCCAAACCGUUUAGCUUAAACUGUUGAUUUGUAAAGGUCACUGUACUAUUACGUAUUCUUUGAAUAUUGAGUUUUGUUUUCAAUUACAACAAUUUAAUAAAAGGAUAGCAG